CACCAGCAGCAGUGACAACGACUCCAGCAGCGACUUCGAGGCCACCCUGCAGGAGAAGCGGGGGGCUCGGGGGGGGCCCGGCCCCCGCCCUGUCCCCAAACGUCCCCGGAGGGAGCCCAGCGAGGACGGCAGCAGCUCGGAGGAGAACGUCCUCUACCAGGCCGUCAUGGACGGCAGGGUGGCCAUCGAGGUGGCGGUGGACGAGUGGCUGCAGGGCUACAAGCGGGACCGGGAGCCGGCCUUCCUGGAGCUCGUCAACUUCAUCGUCCGCUCCUGCGGCUGCCGAGGCACGGUGACGCUGGCCAUGCUGCGGGAGCAGCAGAACACCGAGAUCAUCCAGCGGCUGACCGAGACCUUCAGCGAGGACUCCUCCGACUACCCCCUGUCCCUCUCCACGGGGCCGUGGCGCCGUUUUCGGGCCUCUUUUGGGGCCGUGGUGACAGCGGUGGCCCUGCGGAGCCGCCACGCCGUCCUCUACGAUGGCUUCCUCCUCGGCGGCCUCACCGCACUGCUCACCAGCCUCGCCGACUCCCAAGUGCGCGCCUUCCGCCACACGGCCACCUUGGCAGCCAUGAAGCUGAUGACGGCGCUGGUGGAGGUGGCGCUGGGGCUGAGCCAGCGCCGCGACAACACCCGGAGGCUCUACGAGGCCGAAAGGGGGAAAAGCCCCCCCCGGAGAGCCCCCGGCAAGCUGGAGGUGCUGCAGGAGACGCUGCGGGAGCUCCAGGAGCAGCAGGAGGAGAUCGAGGCCGUGAUGAACGCCAUCUUCAAGGGGGUCUUCGUGCACCGAUACAGGGACGUGGUGCCCGACGUGCGCGCGCUGUGCAUGGAGGAGCUGGGGACGUGGAUGUGCAGCUUCCCGGCCUCCUUCCUCACCGACGGCCACCUCAAGUACCUCGGCUGGACCCUGCACGACAAGCAGGGGGAGGUGCGUCUGCGCUGUGUGCGGGCGCUGCAGGGGCUGUACGCCCACCGGGACACGGCCGCGCACAUGGAGCUCUUCACCGGGCGCUUCAAGGCCCGCUUGGUGUCCAUGGUGCAGGACAAGGACCCCGUGGUGGCCGUGGAGGUGGUGAAGCUGCUGACGGUGAUGCUGGACCGCCGUCCCCUCGCCACCGCCGCCGGCCUCUUCCUCUACCGCAGCCUGCUGUCCCCGCGGCACGAGGGUGACACCGAGCCGUCCCCUGGCAGCGGGGACAACCGCAGCUUCUUCCGCCUGCUGCUGACCUUCUUCAUCGAGAGCGAGCUCCACCAGCACGCCGCGUACCUCGUGGACAGCCUCUGGGACUGCGCCGGGACCCAGCUGCGGGACUGGGACACGGCCGGGGGGCUGCUGCUGGAGGAGGCCCCCGAGGAGGCGCUCAGCGACCAGCAGGAGAAGGCCCUGGUGGAGAUCCUGGCGGCCAGCGCCAAGCGGGCGGCGGGGGAGGGGCCCCCAGUGGGACGGGGACCCCCCCGCAAGGCGCCCCCCAAGGGGAGGCGGGCGGUGACGGAGCAGCGCUCGCGGCUCAGCCUCUGCCUGGCCCCCAUCCUGCCCCGGCUGCUGGCCAAGUUUUCGGCGGACGAGGAGAAGGUGACGCCGCUGCUGGAGGUGCUGAGCUGCUUCGAGCUCAGCGUCUACUGCACCGCGCGGCUGGAGAGGCGCCUGGAGCAGGCGCUGGCGCAGCUGCAGGAGCUGGUGCAGAAGCACACGGGGCCGGAGGUGCUGGGGGCGGCCUCCCGAGCCCUGGGGGCCCUCUGCGACCCCCGGCUGCCGCUGCGGGGGCGCGGGGAGCUGGUGAGGAGCCGCCUGGGGGACCUGCUGGGGGAGCGCUGCCACCGCCUGCUGCGGUUGCCGUCCCUGGACGAGGAGGAGCUGUACAGCGCCGCCGCCACCCUAAAGCGCCUCUCCGUCCUCUUCAACGCCCACGACCUGACGCCCUGGCAGCUCUUCGAGCCCUGCACCCUCCUCCUGCGGCGCGCGGCCGACACGGGCGAGGUGCCCCCGCAGCUCCUUGUCCCCGCCAUCACCUGCGCCCACUUCCACAUCCUCUGGGAGCUGUCGCGGCUGGCCAACACCGACGUCCCCCAGGAGCAGCUGCUGAGCCUGAAGGACAAAACCACCUCCUUCUGCGCCCUGUGCCAGAGCUGCCUCUCCAACGGCGACGCCGGCGUCCGGGAGCAGGCCUUCGUGGUGCUGAGUGACCUCCUGCUGGUGCUGGGCCCCUCGGGGACACGCGGGGCCGGGGCGGCGCUGGCCCCACUGCGGCUGGUGCCCGACGUGGAGCUGCGCUCCCAGCUGGCCGCCGUGCUCCUCGACCACGUCUUCAGCCCUGGGGACAGGGACAGUGACGAUGCCGCCGAGGCACACAUGGAGGACCUGCACCGCCGCCGCAUGCUGCUGGCCGGCUUCUGCAAGCUCAUCAUCUACAACGUCCUGGAGCCCAGCGCCGCCUCUGACGUCUUGAAGUACUAUGACAAGUUUCACGCCGAGUACGGGGACAUCAUCAAGGAGACGCUGGCGUGCAUCCGCCGCAUGGACGGCCAGGAGUGGGCGCGCGUCGUGCUGCUCAGCCUGCAGCAGGUGAUGACGGAGCUGCUGAUGGAGCACAGCCCCGGGGUGCGGGGGGUCCCCGCUUUUGGGGGGCUGCGGGAUUUGGGGCGCCGCCUCUCCCUCUUCUUCGGCCCCCGCCCCCAACCCAACCGCCAAGUGCUGCUGCGCCUGCACCGGGACGGCAUCGCCUUUGCCCUACAAGAGGGUCCGGAGGGGGGUUCGGGGGGGGAUCCGGGGGGGGCCCCCCUGUACCUGCCCUUCCUGGAGGUGCUCAGCGAGUUCUCCCCCCGCCUGCUGCCCCCCGACCGAGCCCUGCUGCUGACCCACCUGCAGCAGAGCUGCCAGCAGCUGGGGAUGACCCCCCCGGAGCGGUCCCCGUGGCCCCCCCUGGCCGCCUACCACCGCUCCCUGCAGCCCCCCGAGCCCCCCCAAAAGAGGAGGUGCACAGAAGGUUAA